UUGACAUGUUUCAAUAAAGGUUUUAAAAAAACAACAAAGCGGAGACGGUGUCGUCAUCAGAGACACGUCCACCACACGGAAGAAGAAGCUGUCCAACCUGCCGCCGCACUGCUGACAUAAGGACCGUCGUAUUAUCAAAAAUGGGUGGUUUCUUCUCCAGUCUCUUCUCUGGCCUGUUUGGCACAAGGGAGAUGAGGAUUUUGAUCCUGGGUCUGGACGGCGCAGGAAAAACAACCAUACUGUACCGGCUGCAGGUUGGAGAGGUGGUCACUACCAUCCCCACAAUCGGCUUCAACGUGGAGACGGUCACGUACAAGAAUCUGAAGUUCCAGGUGUGGGAUCUGGGAGGACAGACAAGUAUCAGGCCAUACUGGCGAUGCUAUUACUCCAACACAGAUGCAGUCAUCUACGUCGUUGACAGCAGUGACCGAGACAGGAUGGGCAUCUCAAAGUCCGAGCUGGUGGCCAUGUUGGAGGAGGAAGAGCUGAAGAAGGCGAUCCUGGUGGUAUUUGCAAACAAACAGGACAUGGAUAUGGCAAUGACACCCACCGAGGUUGCCAACUCUCUCGGCCUCCCCGCCCUCAAAGACAGAAAAUGGCAGAUCUUCAAGACCUCGGCCACCAAGGGCACAGGCCUGGACGAGGCAAUGGAAUGGCUGGUGGAUUCCCUCAAGAGUCGACAGUAAAGACAACCAACGAUUCUGUAUAUACUCCUGACCUUUAACCCUUCUGUAUGAAGCCUUGUGACUGACCCUUUCCCCUCUGGACCAGUGAUCGCACUCCUGCCCUCCUCUCCUCCAACCCACUUGGAGCCUUGGCCAAAUCCCCCACCCCCUUAAUGGUAACGCCUUUCCAGCCUGGGACUGAAGGCUGCAGAAACAUCUGAACUGGACACACAGAGCUCUAUCUUUUCCAACGCUGGCGGGACAAUUGAAGGUUUUAGAAAGCCGUAGGACUGCAGUAUAGCUACGUUUACGUCUUUAGGGAGUGUGUCAAGUGUCAGCCGACAGUCUUAAAAAAAAAAACACCUGCAUACAAACAGUUUAUGGAUUAAGAGGAAUCAGUCAUCAGUAAAACAGGCUGACCCUCUACAGAAUUUUCUGAAAUCAUGAGUCUUCACUGGACACUGCUUCAGUCACCUUCUUCUCAUUAGAAGAACAGAAGGGUUGCGAUGCCAUGAAGAUCCACUAGGAGGCAGUGUUUUCUCCAUGAAGGCACAAACCUCAUUAGUGUGACAGAUGGAAUCAGAGAAUAAAUGUCAAUACUCUUCCUGACCUGAGCAACCUGAGACGACUACAUCACCAAGGAACUGCUUAUUGACAAGUCAUUAGACAAUUUCCAAUAGUAUUAUGGAAUAUCUGUGCAAGAUUGAUAUGAAAUGUUCUUAUUUGCUUUCGCUAAUUGCAAAGUGAAAAGAAUUUGGCUUCAGUGUGGAAAACAUCUGUAUGUCUUCAGGCCACCACGUGUUACUGCAGCCUGUUUUUGUACUACAGUUAGGCAGAUGCAAUGAUAUGGAUUUCCAAUUCUUUUCCCCCCCUUCUGUUCAUUUGUGGUCCCAAUUUAUUUUUGAAUAAUUUAGUAGGUCUGUUUUUUUUCAUUUUUCAUUUGAAAUCCUCGAGUGCAGCUUUUGGCAUAUUAGACAUUUAGUUACUGAACACUAACUUGUAUGCUCAAAGUUUUAUGGUUGCAUAUUUAUAUCUGCUUGUACAGUGAAAGUGAUUCUCAGUAAAGAUUGCUAUCAGUGAUUGUACCA